AGACUGCCCGACAGACUAUUGGACGUCACAACCAGGCAAUAAGCAGAGAUUAAAGUUCAGCGCCAGACUCCAGAGCAGUCCACCUCCGUUGUCGUCGUCCAGCUCGACGUCCUAUCCUCCACCGAGAGACAUCGUCAGAAUCGUCACCCACCCAGUGGGCUACGUUGCAUCGAAACUGGCGUCAUCAACAGUGGAGACUGAUGGGACGCACACCGAGAGACCUCCAGAACAGAAAGUUAACCAGAAAGAAGCAUCUGCAAACAGCCCACUUCACGACGCAUGUAAGAAGGGGGAUCUUGGUCGAGUGAGACACAUCCUGUCCCGGGGUUUGGUCGACAUCAACAGUAGAGACGACACGAAAGGAAGAACGCCACUCAUGGUGGCGGCACUGAAGAGACAUAGCAGAAUAGUUGAGUUUCUGCUGAGAAAAGGAGCUAAUGUGUCUCACGUUGAUACUAACGGUGACGACGUCCUGUACUGGGCCUGCAGUGGGGGACAUGACAUCGUGGACAUUAACAGUAGAGGAAGAUACGGAAGGACACCAUUGAUGACAGCAGCAUAUUAUGGACAGAGGGAAGCAUUUGAUGUACUUGUUAGUAGCGGUUGCCGAACUGACUUAGUGGAGGACCAGGGUCACACCAUCCUUCAUCUGGCCUGUUUAGGUGGUCGUAUGGAGAUGGCGGAGCACAUCCUCAAACAGAACAUGGCCGACAUUAACGCCAGAGACAAGGCUGGGAAAACAGCAGCCAUGAUAGCAAAUCAUGAAGGUCAACGUUCUUGUUUCAAGUGUCUGUCCUGA